AUGAGGACAACCGCGGCUACUCUAGCAACAAGUUGUCGUCUUUUAGCCGUGAAACUGGAAAAUCUUACGAAGACGGAGUCAGAAAAUGGAACAUCCGGCAAAUCUAUCCUUGAUGAUAUGCUCGCGCUUGACUGCCCGAACAACUGUACUGGUCAUGGGGAUUGUGAGAACGGUACCUGUGUUUGUACUGGAGGAUACGAGGGCGUGGAAUGUUCCUUACUAAGAACGUUACCCCCUAUUGUGUCGACGGAAACAAAUCCUGGCCUAUGUGCGACCGACCGUUAUCCCUGUAACACCUUUUACAUCUCCGGGGACAAUUUCGCCCCUACAAGCGUUACUUGUAAAGCUGUUCAUUUCUCUAUAACGGCGGGAGCAGGUUAUACGUUGGAUUCAAACAAUGAGACGUUUCCGGCUGAUGCGCUUGCUGGUGGGAUAGGUUGUGCCUGCACAGUUCCACAGUCCCUAAGGAGAAAGCGCUCUAUUGAUGCAGACACUAUCCUUGCCGAUGGUUUUUUUCUUAGUGUUUCUAAUGACGGAACGACAUUCAGUGAAGACAUUGUUGUAAUUAAGUACGACUCGUCAUGUUACACGUGUAAUUCGACAGCUGUCACGUGCUCACAGCUGAGAUCUUGUCAGACAACAAUAAGCUCUUCUUCGACAACCGAAAUUCCUUUUACAACAACUACAAAUACCGCCCUACCUACGACUACCACGUCAACUUCAUCGUCCAAGCUAUCUAUAAUCACAUCACCAACUACAACUACCACACCAAAUGCACCUACAACGCCGACUGCAACUACAAGACCAACUACAAAGUUAACACAAUCUACAAUUACCACGCCGGCUGCAACUAACAAGCGAACUACAAAUACCAGGCCACUUACAACCACUUCAUUAACUGCAACAACUACGCCAUCUAUAACAACCACCAACUCUUCAACUCACGCUCCAUUUACAACUACUGCCCAACCUAUAUCUACCAAGCUAUCUACAAUUACGACAACUACCAAUAUCACUUCAACCACGCCAUCUACAACGCACCCGAUAACUACCAAGUCACCUUUAACUACCACUUCACCUACAACUACCAAGGCACCUACAACUAACACGCCAACUACAUCUACCACGCCAAUUACAACUACUACACCAAGUACACCUACCACGCCAAUUACAACUACAACUACUACACCAACUACAUCUACCAUACAAACUACAAAUAUCAUGCCAACUACAAUGUCAACUACAACUAACAUGCCAACAAUAGCUUCCAUGUCAACAACAACUACGGCGCCAACUGCAAUUACCAUGCCAACUACUGCUACCAAGCCAAGUACUGCUACCAAGGAAACUACUGCUACCAAGUUAACUACUGCUACCAAGCCAACUACUGCUACCAAGUUAACUACUGCGACCAUGCAAGAUACAACUACGACGCCAGCUACAACUACCAUGUCAACUACUGCUACCAAGUUAACUACUGCGACCAUGCAAGAUACAACUACGACGCCAGUUACAACUACCAUGUCAACUUCUGAUACCAUAUUAACUACUGAUGCCAAGCCAACUACUGCGACCAAGCCAACUACUGCUACCAUGUCAACUACUGCGACCAUGCAAGAUACAACUACGACGCCAGCUACAUCUACCAUGUCAACUACAACUAUCACGCCAAUUACCACUACAACGCCAACUACAAUUAUUAUGCAAACUGCAACUACCAUUCCUACAACAACUGCUACACCAGCUGAAACUUCUACAUCGGCUUCAACCAACAAUUGGUCUAAACCGACAUCUAGGAAAACCCUAUCACCAACAACACAUUUGAAAAUCACAGAAGCGAAUCCAGUUUCAACCACAUCGGUGCCAGAUACUACACCUGGAGGAGAAGUGGCCUGGAAUAAGCUAUCACUGGCUGCAGUAGCUGGUACUGGAGCAUUCGCCUUUGUCAUUAUCCUUGUACUUGGAGUGGUGCUCAUUAAAAUGAGGUCUAAAAGGACCACAACUGAUCGUACGGAUUAUAGAGGUGAAAAUAACGUACCUGACAGCCGCCCUAAUUUUUCUACAAACUUCAGUCACCAAAACUCUUCCCAUCUCUUAUCGCGACAAACACAGGAUGCAGACAUCGGAUUGGGGAAUAUCCACAACUCACAGAAAGGUCCAUUCCGGGGAUACGGGAGAGAGUACGAUGGAUUUAAACCCGCGGAUAUAUCAAAUGUGUAUCCGAGUCUCCAAACUUCCGGUGUGUAUCCACAGCCGUCCGCUCCCCCGCUUAAGGACAUUCACAUGAGAUACCACUGAUAAACAGAAACACCUGUUUCCUUGCUGUCACAGACAUACUACCGACCUGUGGAAACUGAAUAAGAUACCACUGAUGUAUAUAAACAGAAACACUUGUUUCCUUGCUGUCACAGACAUACUACCGACCUGUGGAAACUGAAUAAGAUACCACUGAUGUAUAUAAACAGAACAACUUGUUACCUUGCUGUCACGGACAUACUACCGACCUCAAUCAUCCGUAACCUCAUAAGGAGAGUAACUUCAGAAGUUACCGAUAAUACUUCUAAACUAAAUUAUUCACGUCUGAUAAUAUCGGUGUGUUAAUUGAUUCCUUCCGAACAUUUUGUCAGCUCGGUUACAUUCAAACGAAUGAUACUUUUCUGUCUUUUAUUAAUCAUAUAGUAAUGUAAAUUCUCGAGAAUAAAUUGCUUUUAAUCAAAAAAGCUAAACGGUUAAAUUUGAUUUGAUAAUAGGGCCUUUUCACCGAGUUGUUUUUAUUCAUUUUGAUAUUAUCAAUAAAAGCGAACUGAAACAUAAAUUAUGAAAAUACUAGUACAUUGUAUCUCGUAAAAAUAAGAUUUUCAGAUUUGAUACAUUUUGUGUAUUACAUGUAGGAGGGAAAAUAUCAUUGAUUCACCACAUGGAUUCAUGGAAUAUGACAAUUAUUAUUUCAUUUCAUCUGGAUAAGAAAUUGUAAUAAAUGUAAGAAUGACUAGAGACUUUAUGUACAUUUGGCAAUGAUAUAUUUACAUACAUGUAUUUAGCAAAAUACUGAAGAACACUUUAAUGAUAUA